CUAUGACCCGCUGCCGCGUUCAGAGUGGGUGUCAUGGCGGCCGGCGUUGAGUUGGCAGGAGUUGCCCACGGAACUGGGGAAAGUCAGUAAAGCAGAGGAAGAAGUGGCCCAACCCGGACGGUGGGAAGUCGCGGGGAUGAGCAGAGGACCCGCAGGGGUGACGGUGUCCCUGGAGGCGGGCCCCUGGUAAAGCCCCCGUCCAGGCCUCUGCGUUUCUAGGCAGAGCGCGGCCGUUGGUGCGCGCCCCUCGGAGCCGGCGUUGCUUAGGAACCCCUCCUUGUGCUAUCGAAUCCUGCGGGUUUUGAUUCGCAUUCGUCUCGCGGAGGCAGCGGUUCGAGGACACUUGGCGGGGUCGUCCGACGGCGCUGGACGCUUUUCUCGGAGCGGACAGGUCGUUCUCUAACCCGCAGCGAUGUCGUCCUGGCUUGGGGGCCUCGGCUCCGGCUUGGGCCAGUCUCUGGGUCAGGUCGGGGGCAGCCUGGCUUCCCUCACUGGCCAGAUUUCAAACUUUACGAAGGAUAUGCUCAUGGAGGGCACGGAGGAAGUGGAAGCAGAAUUACCUAAUUCUAGGAGAAAAGAAAUUGAAGCCAUUCAUGCAAUCUUAAGAUCAGAGAAUGAGAGGCUUAAAAAGCUUUGCGCUGAUCUAGAAGAGAAGCAUGAAGCAUCAGAACUUCAAAUAAAGCAGCUGUCUACAAGUUAUCGCAGUCAACUCCAACAGAAAGAGGUGGAAAUCAGCCAUCUUAAAGCCAGACAGAUUGCGCUACAGGACCAGCUGCUGAAGCUGCAGUCAGCCGCGCAGUCAGUGAGUUCGGGAGCUGGCAGCGUACCAGCAACCACUGCGUCGUCUUCAUUCGGCUAUGGUGUCAGCCACCAUGCUUCAGCUUUCCACGACGAUGACAUGGACUUUGGUGACAUAAUUUCAUCGCAACAAGAAAUAAACAGAUUAUCAAAUGAAGUUUCAAGACUUGAGUCUGAAGUUGGCCAUUGGAGGCAUAUUGCUCAGACUUCUAAAGCACAAGGAUCAAAUAGCUCUGAUCAAGAUGAAAUCUGCAAACUGCAGAAUAUCAUUAAGGAACUUAAGCAGAACCGAAGUCAGGAAAUUGAUGACCAUCAACAUGAAAUGUCAGUAUUGCAGAAUGCACAUCAACAGAAAUUGACAGAAAUAACUCGUCGGCAUCGAGAAGAAUUAACUGACUAUGAAGAACGAAUUGAGGAACUGGAAAAUCUGUUACAACAAGGUGGCUCAGGAGUUGCAGUAACUGAUCACUCUAAAAUCCAUGAGAUGCAAAAAAUUAUUCAAGUUCUACAAACUGAAAAAGUAGAGUCUACAAAAAAAAUUGAAGAACUUGAGGAUAAAAUAGAAGACAUAAGUAAAAAAUUGUCUUCUGCAGAAAAUGACAGAGAUGUUUUGCGGAAGGAAAAAGAACGACUAAGUGUGGAAAACAGACAGAUGAUGGAAGAAUGUGAAAGCUUGAAACUGGAAUGUAGUAAAUUGCAGCCUUAUGCUAUGAAGCAUGGUGAUACUGUGACAGAGGAGAAAACAAUUCUUCCACAGAGUACAUCAGUGGAAGAAGAAGUGUUCAGACUGCAACAAGCACUGUCUGAUGCUGAAAAUGAAAUAAUGAGACUAAGUAAUUUAAACCAGGAUAACAGUCUCACUGAAGACAAUCAGAAACUUAAAAUGCAUGUCCAAGUUUUAGAAAAAGAGAAUUCAUUAUUGAGUCAAGAAAAGGAAGAACUUCAAAUAUCACUUUCUAAAUUGAACAAUGAAUAUGAAGUAAUUAAAAGUACAACUACAAGAAAUAUGGAUUUGGAUUCAGAAUUACGUGAUUUAAGACUUAAUUUAGAGGCAAAAGAACAAGAACUCAAUCAGAGUAUUACUGAAAAGGAAGUACUGGUCGCUGAGUUAGAGGAAUUGGACAGACAGAACCAAGAAGCUACAAAGCACAUGAUUUUGAUAAAAGAUCAGCUAUCAAAACAACAAACUGAGGGAGAUAGCAUCAUCAGUAAACUGAAAAAAGAUCUAAAUGAUGAAAUAAAGAGAGUUCAUCAACUUGAAGAUGAUAAAAUGAACAUUACUAAAGAGUUCAAUGUGCAGAAAGAAAAGUUAAUUCAAAAUGAACUGGUCCUAAGUGAUUUGCAUUUAACCAACCAGAAACUUGAGGAUAAAGUAGAAGAUUUAGUAGAUCAGUUAAAUAAAUCACAAAAAAAUAAUUUAAACAUCCAGAAAGAGAACUUUGAACUUAAGGAACAUAUUAAACAAAAGGAGGAGGAGCUUUCUAGAGUCAGGGAUGAGUUAACUCCGUCUCACAAUCAGGACUCUCACAGUAAUUGUAAGGAUGACUUACUUCAAGAAAGGGAAGCUGAAGUGAGAAGCUUAAAGCAAAAUCUCUCAGAAAUAGAACAGCUCAAUGAAAAUUUUAAAAAAGUUGCUUUUGAUCUCAAAAUGGAAAAUGAAAAGCUGGUUUUAGCUUGUGAAGAUGUAAGACAUCAGUUGGAAGAAUCUAUUGCUGGUAACAAUCAGAUUUCUCUGGAAAAAAACACUAUUGUGGAGGCCCUAAAAAUGGAAAAAGGACAGUUAGAAGCCGAAUUGUGUCGGGCUGAAAAGAGGCUGUUGGAAGAUGCAAACAAGUAUGAGCAAACCAUCAAAGAACUGUCUGCUGCGCGGAAUUUGAGCGCCUCUGCUUUACAGCUGGAACAGGAGCGUUUAGUUAAACUUAACCAAGAGAAAGACUUUGAAAUAGCAGAACUCAAAGAGAAGAUUGAGCACAUGGAUACUGAUCAUAAAGAAACUAAGAAAAUGUGGUCAUCUAGUUUAGAAGAGCAGAAGCAAUUGACACAACUUAUAAAUGAGAAGGAAAUUUUUAUUGAAAAACUUCAAGAAAGAAAUUCAGAGCUUCAGGAAGAAUUAGAUGAAUAUACUCAGGCCUUAAGAAAAAAUGAAAUUUUAAGACAAACCAUAGAAGAAAAAGACAGAAAUCUUGGAUCCAUGAAAGAAGAAAACAAUCAUCUCAAGGAAGAACUGGAACGACUCCGAGAACAGCAGAGUCGAGCUGUGCCUACGGCUGAGCCUAAAACCCUUGACAGUAUCACAGAGCUAGAGUCUGAGGUAUCGCAGCUGAAUACAAUAAAGGACAGUCUGGAAGAGGAAAUCAAACAUCAUCGGAAGAUCAUUGAAGAUCAGAACCAGAGCAAGGUGCAACUACUUCAGUCAUUACGGGAGCAGAAGGAGGAAAUGGAUGAGUUUAAAUACCAACAUGAGCAAAUGAAUGUCACACACGCCCAGCUCUUGUUAGAGAAAGAUGAAGAAAUUAAAAACUUACACAAGACAAUUGAACAAAUCAAAACCCAGUUACAUGAAGAAAGACAGGACGUUCAAACAGAGAAUUCUGAUAUUUUCCAAGAAACAAAAGUUCAGAGCCUUAAUAUAGAAAACGGAAGUGAAAAACAUGAUUUAUCAAAAGCUGAAACUGAAAAAUUAGUAAAAGGAAUAAAAGAACGAGAAUUGGAGAUUAAACUUCUAAAUGAAAAGAAUAUAUCUUUAACUAAACAGAUUGAUCAGCUCUCCAAAGAUGAAGUUGGUAAACUGACUCAGAUUAUCCAGCAGAAAGAUUUGGAGAUACAGGCUCUGCACGCUAGAAUGUCUUCAGCUGCCUACACCCAGGAUGUAGUUUACCUUCAGCAGCAGCUGCAGGCCUAUGCUAUGGAACGAGAACAAGUGCUGGCUGUUUUGAGUGAGAAGACUAGGGAAAAUAGCCAUCUAAAAACAGAAUAUCACAAAAUGAUAGACAUAGUUGCUGCCAAAGAAGCAGCCCUCAUUAAGCUGCAGGAUGAAAAUAAAAAAUUGUCCACUAGAUUUGAGAGUAGUGGCCAAGAUAUGUUUAGAGAAACCAUUCAGAAUUUAUCACGUAUCAUUCGAGAAAAAGACAUUGAAAUAGAUGCGUUAAGUCAGAAAUGUCAGACCUUAUUGACAGUUUUACAAACAUCCACCACUGGUAGUGAGGUUGGAGGUGUUAAUAGUAAUCAGUUUGAGGAGCUCCUACAGGAACGUGAUAAAUUAAAACAACAAGUGAAGAAAAUGGAAGAGUGGAAACAGCAGGUGAUGACCACGGUACAGAACAUGCAGCGUGAGUCAGCCCAGCUUCAGGAGGAGCUGCACCAGCUUCAGGCACAGGUGGUGCUUGACAGUGACAAUAGUUCUAAGUUACAAGUGGACUAUACUGGCCUCAUCCAAAGUUAUGAACAGAAUGAAAACAAACUCAAGAAUUUUGGGCAGGAAUUAGCACAAGUCCAGCACAGCAUAGGGCAGCUUUGCAAUACUAAAGAUCUUCUCUUAGGAAAACUUGAUAUUAUUUCACCUCAGCUCUCUUCUGGACCAUCGCUUACUUCCCAGUCAGCAGAGUCUCUUAGAACAAGUAAGUCUGACGUAUUGAGUGAGUCUUCUAAACAAGAGAUAGAAGAGCUAAGAAAGUCACUCCAGGAGAAAGAUGAAACCAUAAGAACUCUUCAGGAAAAUAAUCACAGAUUGUCUGAUUCCAUUGCCGCCACGUCAGAACUAGGAAGAAAAGAACAUGAACAAACCGAUUCAGAGAUAAAGCAGCUAAAGGAGAAACAGGAUAUUUUACAAAAGUCACUUAAGGAAAAAGACCUCUUGAUCAAAGCCAAAAGUGAUCAGUUACUGUCUUUAAAUGAAAAUUUCACUAAUAAGGUGAAUGAAAAUGAACUGUUGAGGCAGGCCGUCACAAACCUGAAAGAGAGAACAUUAAUUUUAGAAAUGGACAUUUGCAAACUAAAAGGGGAAAACGAAAAAAUAGUAGAAACAUCCAGGGGAAAGGAAACAGAGUAUCAGGCACUACAGGAGACUAAUAUGAAGUUUUCUAUGAUGCUGCGAGAAAAAGAGUUUGAGUGCCAUUCAAUGAAGGAGAAAGCGCUUGCUUUUGAGCAACUGCUAAAAGAAAAAGAGCAGGGCAAGACUGGUGAGUUAAAUCAGCUUUUAAAUGCAGUUAAGUCAAUGCAGGAGAAGACAGUUAUGUUCCAGCAGGAGAGAGACCAAGUCCUCUUGGCCCUGAAGCAGAAGCAGAUGGAGAACACCGCUGUGCAGAAGGAGGUUCAGCAUUUACGGGAGAAAGAACUACGGUUAAACCAGGAGCUGGAAAGAUUGCGUAGCCAUCUCUUAGAGUCAGAAGAUUCUUACACCCGUGAAGCUUUGGCUGCAGAAGAUAGAGAGGCCAAACUAAGAAAGAGAGUCACACAGCUGGAGGAAAAGCUAGUUUCAUCCUCUAAUGCAAUGGAAAGUGCAAGCCAUCAGGCCAGUUUGCAGGUAGAGUCAUUGCAGGAGCAGUUGAAUACAGUCUCCAAGCAAAGGGAUGAGGCUGCCGGGCAGCUCUCGGUCUCCCGGGAACAGGUAAAGCAGUAUGCGCUCUCACUCUCCAACCUGCAGAUGGUCCUAGAGCAUUUCCAACAAGAGGAAAAAGCUAUGUAUUCUGCCGAGCUAGAAAAGCACAAACAACUUGUAGCUGAAUGGAAGAAAAAGGCAGAAAAUCUGGAAGGAAAAUUAGUUUCAUUACAGGAGAGUUUGGAUGAAGCAAAUGCUGCAUUGGAUUCAGCAUCAAGACUUACAGAACAGUUAGAUUUAAAGGAAGAGCAAAUCGAAGAACUUAAAAAACAAAAUCAGCUCCGACAAGAAAUGCUGGAUGAGGUACAGAAGAAACUGAUGAACUUGGUAAACAGCACAGAAGGAAAAGUGGACAAAGUGCUAAUGAGAAACCUCUUCAUUGGACAUUUUCACACACCAAAAAAUAAGCGUCACGAAGUAUUACGAUUAAUGGGAAGCAUCUUGGAUAUCAAAAGGGAAGAAAUGGAUCAGUUGUUGAAUGAAGAUCAGGGCGGUGUCACCAGGUGGAUGACUGGCUGGCUUGGCGGAGGAUCAAAAAGUGUCCCCAACACACCUCUGAGACCAAAUCAGCAGACUCAAUAUAAUAGUUCUUUUUCAGAACUUUUUGUAAAAUUUCUGGAAACGGAAUCUCAUCCAUCUGUUCCACCACCAAAGCUUUCUGUUCAUGAUAUGAAACCUCUGGAUUCACCAGGAAGGAGAAAACUAGAUACAAAUGUACCAGAAAGUUUUAAAGAUACAGCCGCAUCCAGGUCAGGUAGAAGGGCAGAUGUGAGUCCGUUCCUGGCGCCCCGCUCUGCGGCCGUGCCUCUCAUCAACCCAGCUGGACUUGGACCUGGCGGGCCUGGGCAUCUUCUUCUGAAACCCAUCUCAGACGUGCUGCCCACCUUCACUCCUUUGCCGGUGUUGCCGGACAACAGCGCUGGAGUUGUGCUGAAAGAGCUUCUCAAGCAGCAGUAGCUGCUUCUCAAGGCAAAGACGACACACAGAGCACUUUAAAGAAAACGUGAACACUACGUGGAUGUACUUGAUCACAAGUGGCCUUUUGGGAGCAGUCAUGUGUUUGUUUUCAGUUGUACUUUCUCUAAAUUUAAUAAAAAUAUUCUUAUCUUAAUUUUUAAAAAAUACUCUGAAUACUCUUAGAAAUUGCAGGUGUCCCAGGAGGAGGUGUUUGCUCUGUUUGCUUUUUUCCUUCUCUGAUUUGACCUAAUUUAAGCUAGAAACAUUUGAUCUUUUCUCUUAAUUUACAAGAAUAAGAAAAAUAAAAAGACAGACAAAAGUACCAGUAGCUCUAUAUCAGCUCUUUCUCAUUUUCAUGCUCUUUUAAGCUAGAGACGUGGCUUAUCUUUUAAAGAUAAUCAAGAGAUUUACAAAACAAAAAGAGGAAGAAAAUAGUACUGGCCUGUCUGCAUAGUGCAGAAAAUUGAUCGGAAACAUAUAGUAAUCUUCAGAGAAUUUUGUGUGGACAAGCCAAGAACAAGGUUGUCCCUGGGAGGUCGUAGUGUCCUGAAGUGGGAUGUGUGUGUAUUCCGUUCUAUGCAGUCUUGUCAAGGACCCCUCGUGCUCCCCCUUUAUAAUCAUAGCCACCUCCUUCCCUACCCUCCUCCUCAGCCUCUGGCAACCACUCGCUGCUCUCCGGCGCUAUAACUUGCUCAUUUCAAGAGUGCUGUAUAAAUGGAAUCAUACAGUCUGUGACCUUUUGAGAUUGGCUUUUUUCACUGAGCUUAAUUCCCUUGAGAUCCAUCCACAUGGUUGCGUGCAUUGGUAGUUUGUUCUUUUUUACUGUUGAGUACAUAUUGUAGAUAUAUGAUUUAGUUUGAAGAGCUAAGGUAUCUUUCUAAAGGUUCCAUUUUAAAACUGCUCACCCACAUGCACACAACUCUCAUGUAAGUGUUAAAUCGUACAGCUGCGUUUAUGUGACUAUAAUUAGCAAUAUCAGUACACGACGCCUCCUGCCUCUCUCUGAGGUGUUGAUACGAGAGGUUGUCAAGCCAGAAGUCAUCCGUUCUCGUCUUCGUGGUCAUGAGGGAUGAAGUCACUUCAGCGUCACCAACACCAGGUGUUUGGAACUUAAAAGUAAGGGAGUAUUUCUUUAAUUUUUUAUAAACGUCAUAAAAAUCUUGACUUGGAACUUAAUUAUAUCAGGAUGUUCAUGUUUGUAUUAAUUGUUGAAGUUGUACAUUUAAAGACAUUUCUUGCAAAUUUUGUAAAUUUCGAUAUGCCUUUCAAAUAGAAGCAUCUGUGUAAACAAGGGAAGGUGGUGAUAAUACUGAUCAAGUAUGUCAACAGGCCUCCUCCGGCCGGGGCUGAAUUUGGGUGUUUGUAAACGUUGCCGUGGUUAACUGUACGCUUUCUGCUGUAUUUAGAAGACCGGAAGUCUUUAAGUGUUGAUGGGUAAAAUUUUUCUGAAAAAUUUAGUAACUGAGACAUUGCUGCUUCAGAACAUCCACUGUCUCCUUAGCUAAUUUAUUUAUAUUGCCAUUGUUAUUUCCUACACUUUAGAGGAAGUUGUCAUACAAGUUCUAUAUUAGAACUGUCGAACUGCCUCCUGUCCGUUUUGCCCAGUAUUUCUCUAUGAAAUUAUUACUCUUAGGUUUUAUAUGAUCCUUUCGAAGAUACUUUGACCUUCCUAAAUUAUUUGCUGCUUGCCAUGGAAGUUUCAUUUCAGUGUGGAGCAUCUGAAAUAAAAGUUUCUGAGUUAAAAAAAGACAUGAUCCUUCAUUUUGAAGAAAUAGAACAAGCAGAAAAACUUUCUGUUUUAAUUUGAAAAGGAGAUGUAUGAUGGGUAUUUAAGUAGCAUGUCAUCAUAUUUUAGAUGCCUCUUAUGACGUUGUGAGUAUUUCCUUCCCUGCUCGAAACAGACUGUCCCCUCACCCUGUCGUUGAGCCUGAGUCUCGGAGCUCCUGUGGGUGGAUUGCGUAUCCAGACAUCACAGCAUGAGCGUACAUGGCUGCUGUGGAACUGAGUAUGUGGCCUCGUCCUAAAGCUGCAGCACCUCAUGUUUCAGCUGUAUCAGCACUGAGACUAUAGCGCACUGGUCUGCAAGUUAAGUGUGUGUGGAUCUAAACCAGACAGAACUCAUCUACUUUUCUGAAACUAAGUUGUGUCGGAGAUGAACCAUCUGCUCAAGGAAUCUCAGUAACCCUAUGGUGAUGAAGCAUGUAAUUCUCAUGUUAGCAAUAGGACAUUGCUAACAGGAAUUUUACUGCAAUAUUGUAACUACAGUAGUUUUACUGUUUACUUCUCUAUAAACUCACUAGAAUUUGUGGUUGAAUUUUGCCUUCACGGCCACAGGUUUUGACAACAUUCCUAAUGGUUUUCAACUGCUCUACUAUAGUAGAAAAUCCAUCCAGCCAUGGGAUUUGACUUCAUUAUAAUCCUGCAUCAUAGGGUUGUCUGAGUUUUACUUCCUGCUAUUAUUGAUUUAAAAGAAAAGAAGAAACAAAACCAAAACUAAACAACGAAAACAUAGGGAAAAAGGAAUGACUUCCUUAAAACCAGCCAAUUAUAUGAAUAUCCCCCCGAAUAAAGCCUCCAGGUUAAUUGAAAGAGGGAAAAAGAUUCUCAAAAUACUUAAUCAGUAAGUGGGAAAAAAACAGACUAUAUCUUAGGGGAUGGGAUUGAUGGGAAUUAUUGAGAAAGCGCAAUUGUGUGUCAAACAAAUUUAGCAUUUGAAUUUGAUUUAAAGCUAAUGAAUUUUUUCAUAUAUCAACAUAUUUGAAGUGUCUUCCAUCAAAAAAGUUUAAUUUUGUAAAUAUCAAGUAUAACUGAUAUUUAUUUUAUAUAUUCCUAUGGAAAAAGCAAUGGUACUUUUACUGUUCUGACAUUUGUGAUUAUUUGCCACUCUUUACUUUUUAACUUAUUGAGGUUUCUCUACUUAAAAUGGAUAAGUUGUCUUUUGAUUUUUAGAGGCAUAUCUAAAUGUGGGAAAUUUACAACCCAACCUUAAUAUUGAGUUAUGUUUUAUAGAGCUAAUGUCAAUGCAUUUCUGAAUUUCUCAGGAGCACUGCAAGGCAAAAAAAAUACUCCAAAUAAAAAUGAUAUAUGUAAGUUGGCAAUGUCUUCAUCCACAAUAAAAAAAAUUUUUUAGCAAA